AUGGAGAUUCCGGCCAAAUUGCCGUUCUCCAAGCGACGGCUACGACCACGCGUAGUGAUCUCCUACAUCUUCGACUAUGUGAUAUUAAUUGCCUGUGUCAUCGGCUUCUGGAUCCUCGACUCCCUCGAACCCUACCACCAACACUUCUCCCUCCGCAACAUCUCCCUCCAAUACCCGUACGCCGUCCACGAGCGCAUUCCCAUCCAAUAUGCUCUUUGCAUUUCUGGCCUCUUUCCACUCGUCCUGAUCAUUACCUAUACUCUCUUCAUCGAUGGACUGUUCUCGCACCACAAGCCCCUGGACCCGUCGUCCGGGAAGCGCAAGCUGCGCGGUCCGUGGCGCUGGAAGGAUCGCUUGUGGGAAAUGAACUGCGGGAUCCUCGGUCUCCUGCUGUCACAGGCAUUGGCCUUCCUCAUCACACAAGUGCUGAAAAAUGCAUGUGGAAAACCUCGCCCGGACUUGAUCGACCGGUGCCAGCCGCGCGAUGGGAGCCAAGACAUGCUGCCAUACGGUCUGUCCAAUUCGACGAUCUGCACGGGAGAGGCGGCCUUGAUCAAGGAUGGGUUUCGGUCCUGGCCAUCAGGUCAUAGCAGUUCCUCCUUCGCGGGCUUGUUCUACACAUCCCUGUGGCUGGGCGGCAAGUUCCACAUCAUGGACAACAGAGGUGAAACUUGGAAGACCCUACUAGUCACCAUCCCAAUCCUUGCCGCAACCCUUGUUGCCGUGUCUCGCAUCAUGGACGCCCGCCACCACCCAUUCGAUGUUAUCACCGGAUCCCUCCUCGGUGUCGCCUGCGCAAUGGUCUCUUACCGACAAUACUUCCCUCCGAUCACCGAGCCCUGGCGCAAAGGCCGGGCCUACCCGAUCCGCACCUGGGGCACCGAGCCAGCCGCCCCCAUCGACGCGAAGUUCAGCGCGCUAGAUGACAGCACGACUGCUCUACGGAAUCCCGAGACCGAACGCUUAAAUGGAGACAGUUUGCGCGGGCGAUCUACUUCCCCUCGUCAAAAUAUUCCUGGCGCAUCGGGCUACGCUCCCGGAAAUGCUUACACGUCACGAGUUUAUCCUCGGCGCGCGCACGAUCAUGACCCGGAUGGAAACUGGUCUUCAAGUGAAGAUGAUGUUGGUAAUGGGUAUGAGAUGCAAACUGGAUAUGCAACGACGCAGAUCCCGGGGGUUGGUCGCAAUUCCUUUGAUGCCAAUACCGCGUAUAAUUCCAAUCCAUAUCAGUCCCAAGUUCAUGCGGCGCCGGUUGUUAGUCCACCUCCGGGAGUCGUUGUUAGCCAUGAUCAUCUAGCGCGACCAUUGACUGAUGCGCCCGGUCGGGAGGUAUAA